AUGGCUUUUCGCCGUGCCCUGGCCAAGCCAGCGGCUGCUGCUGCUCCUCUGUUAUCAAAGUCGACUACAACAUCAGCAGCUUUCCGCCAUGGUCUCUCAAACUCCCCUUCCUCGUACCGAAUGACGAGCAGCUCUACUUCUGCUCUGGCAUACAAGGCCAUGCAUCGUCGGUCCCCUCUGAAGCUUCCCGUGUCCGACAGCGCUCCCCAAUGGGACGCCCCAGCCGCUGUAUCGUCAAUCUUGUACGAGACGCCGCUGCCUUCCACAAACCCCCCCAAACGCCACGUUCUGAACUGCCUUGUCCAAAACGAGCCCGGUGUUCUGUCCCGCGUCUCUGGAAUUCUGGCUGCCCGUGGGUUCAACAUCGACAGUUUGGUCGUUUGCAACACUGAGGUCGCCGAUCUUUCUCGCAUGACCAUCGUGCUGCGCGGACUAGAGGGUGUCGUUGAGCAGGCUCGUCGCCAACUUGACGACCUUGUUCCCGUAUGGGCUGUGUUGGACUACACUGAAGCCCCCCUUGUUCAGCGCGAGCUCCUGCUCGCCAAAGUGAGCACCUUAGGCCCAGAGGCUUUUGAGGAAUUGCUAAAGCAUCACCGAGAAAUGACCUCCGAUGAGUCCUCAGGAGGAAACCCGGAUAAUUCUACAAUUGAGGACUCGGAUUUCCACCCUCGUAAUAUUCCUGCCUCGCAAGCCCUGCGACACAAGCAUGAACAUCUUGACGCUAUUACCCGUCUUACCCACCAGUUUGGCGGUAAAGUAUUGGAUAUCAGCACGAACAACUGUAUUGUUGAGCUGUCCGCUAAACCAACUCGUAUCGAUUCCUUCCUCAAACUUAUCGGUCCCUUCGGUAUUUUGGAAUCAACCAGAACUGGAUUGAUGGCCCUGACUCGUUCUCCUCUUACAGAAGUUCCAGACGAGGUUGAAAAAGAGGCCGCUGAUGUUGUCGAUGCUAGCACCCUUCCUCCCGGUUAA